AUGCGCGCCAUCGCCUCCCCACACGCGCCUCCUCGCCCGGAGCCACCCUCAGCCGUCCGAUCAAGACCCAACGCCCCCGAACGCACCACUUUCCCACCAGCCCCCGUCACCGCCGCCCGUGUCCGCCUCCGCCGACCACCGGAGCCAGGGCCCUCGCCGCCGCCCACCCGAUUGAGCCGCCCCACUCCCACUGCGACGGUCGCCCCCGCAGCCGGCGGUUCCUUCCCCGAGCUCACCUGUCCCGCGGACUUUGCCGCCGUCGCCGCCCCCGGCGGCCGCUUCUCCGUCGUCGGCUUCGGAUCCCUCCUCUCCGAGCGGAGCGCGAGGAGCACGUUCCCGGAGCUGGAGGGCUUCCGGGUCGCCGCGCUGCGGGGGUUCCGCCGAGUCUUCGCCCACGCUGCCCCCAUCUUCUUCGAGCGCGGCAUCGCCAUCGAGGCCACCAAGGAAUUCUCAAGCUUGAGCGUGGAGCCAUGCGACAGUGAACUGAUAGUAGUCACUGUUUUCGAGAUCAAGGAGGAAGAGGUGCCAGCAUUUAUUGAGAGGGAACAUGAGUUUAGAUUUCUUGCGGUUGUCCCUGAAGGAUUGGAUGGGGUACCUUUUACAAAUCGAGCACAAUAUGAUCUUAUUGAUUCUAAUUGCUUUUUCAGUGUUCUUGCUGCGAAAAAUCUUGGAGAACCAGCAUACAGCUUCUUCUUAGACCACACCUAUCUUGGUGACCGGAAAACUACAAUAAGGGAAUACUUGGCCACUACCGGAGCUGGAAUCAUGGAAGAGGAGCCUCCCGAGUCGCUAAAAAGUCGCUACGGUGGCUGA